UGCCGGUCCCGCCGGGCCGGUCUGUGCGGCGGCUGCCGGCGCUGCUGGGCGAGGUCAGGGAAAGUCCAUGUGAGGAGCGGCUGGAAUCACUUCCUGCCGCCGCCCGGCCCCGCCGCGUCAGGCCCAGGGCAGCCUCGGGGGCCGGCGCCCCGCAGCCUUGGCAUCUCCCCUGUGUUUCUCCAAGCACGUUCCUGGAGGUAAUCCUGGCCCAGCUGAAGCCAUUGAGGAUUUUGCCACUGACUUCAUCCCUGCUAUGUGCCCUACUUUGGAUAUUCCUGCAUUGAAUGUCUGAGGAGCUCCGGCCAACCCUGAGCCAUGUCGCAGAUGUUGCACAUAGAGAUUCCCAACUUUGGGAACACCGUUCUGGGCUGCCUGAACGAGCAGCGCCUGCUGGGGCUCUACUGCGAUGUCUCCAUCGUGGUGAAGGGCCAAGCCUUCAAGGCUCACCGGGCGGUGCUGGCCGCCAGCAGCCUCUACUUCCGAGACUUGUUCAGUGGGAACAGCAAAAACGCCUUCGAGCUGCCGGGCACCGUCCCCCCGGCCUGCUUCCAGCAGAUCCUCUCCUUCUGCUACACCGGCAAGCUGACCAUGGCGGCGAGCGAGCAGCUGGUGGUGAUGUACACGGCGGGCUUCCUGCAGAUCCAGCACAUCGUGGAGAAAGGCACGGACUUGAUGUUCAAGGUCAGCUCCCCGCACUGUGACUCUCAGACCACCAUGAUCGAAGACCCCAGCUCGGAGCCGCAGAGCCCCUGCAACCAGCUGCAGUCGGCCUCGGCGCCCUACGUCAUGUCCCCCUCCAUGCCCAUCCCGCUGCUCACGCGUGUCAAACACGAGAACCUGGAGCUGCAGGCCCUGCCCGGCCUGCCCGGCAAGCGGCCCCUGGAGCCCGGCGCCCGGGACGGGCCUGGCGGCGCCGGUGCCAGCGCGGGGCCCCUGAAGCUGUCCCGAGUCUCCUACUACGGGGUGCCCAACCUGGCCACGCUGCUGCCCAACGUGCAGCAGGUGCAGUACUCGCAGGGGGAACGCACCAGCCCUGGCGCCAGCAGCAUCCCCACCACCGACAGCCCCACCUCCUACCACAACGAGGAGGACGAGGAGGACGACGAGGCCUACGACACCAUGGUGGAGGAGCAGUACGGGCAGAUGUACAUCAAGUCCUCGGGAGGUUACUCUGUGGCCCAGGAGAAGGCAGAGCAGAUCCCCCUGGAGAACCGCUCGUGCGUGCUGAUCCGGCGGGACCUGGUGGCGCUCCCUGCCAGCCUCAUCAGCCAGAUCGGCUAUCGCUGCCACCCCAAGCUCUACUCCGAGGGGGACCCUGGCGAGAAACUCGAGCUCGUUGCAGGCUCAGGUGUUUACAUCACCCGGGGGCAGCUGAUGAAUUGCCAUUUAUGUGCUGGUGUCAAACACAAGGUCCUGCUCAGACGUCUCCUGGCCACCUUCUUCGAUCGGAACACUCUUGCCAACAGCUGUGGAACUGGAAUCAGGUCCUCCACGAGCGAUCCCAGCAGGAAGCCCUUGGACAGCAGGGUCCUCAAUGCAGUCAAAUUGUACUGUCAGAACUUUGCCCCGAGCUUUAAGGAGAGCGAGAUGAACGUGAUCGCGGCCGACAUGUGCACCAACGCGCGGCGCGUGCGCAAGCGCUGGCUGCCCAAGAUCAAGUCCAUGCUGCCCGAGGGGAUGGAGAUGUACCGCAGCGUCAUGGGCUCCUCCACAAACACUGUCCCCCUGGAGCCCGACUUCCAGCCCGGCGCGGCGCAGCCCUUCGAGCAGCGCAUCUAUGCAGAGAGGAGGAGCGAGGCGGGGACUAUCGUAGCCCUGAGAACUAGCACGGUGAACGUGGAGCUCAGCAACGGGUCCAGCCAGUCCUUCGAGCAGGGCGAGGACGCCGAGGGCGGCGGCUCCGUCAUCCAGGAGGCGGCUGCCACCGAGGCCGUGGCGGCAUCAGAAACCCAAAGCACCCCCCAACCCUUCGAGCAGGGCUCGGGCUCCUCCAGCCGGCCCGAGACCCCCGUGAGGAGACAGGAUGGUACUUACGGAGGGACUUUAUAGAGAGAGCAAACAUUUCAUCACCUAUAAGGGAUCUGUAAUACUAAAGCUGCUUGCAUGCAUUACUAAUAUGAAACAAACAAAAAAAAAAAAUGUGAUCAAGCCACUUACCUACUGAACUGCUACUGUUGCCUGAAAAAAAUGUGAUUUUUAUUCUGCUUGUAUUUAAAAUUUAUGAAGGAAAUAAUCGCAUUCGUUAUACUGUAAACGACUAGGUCUGUGGCGACCUACUUAAAAAAAUAUUGGGCUCCUUUUUUGAUAUUCCUGAGGUUAGUCUAUAAGAUUGUAGCUUUUUCUUUUUUUUUUCCCUUUCCUUUCCUUUUUUUUUGUUUUUUUUUUUUUCUUUUUUUUUCUUUUUUUGUUUGUUUGUUUUAAGAAGGGGAGGAGAAAAGCUAGCCACCCCCCACCCACCACCACCCCGUCAUCACCCCAUCCAUCACUCAGCUCAGAAGUAAAGCCAUCGUUAACCUUGUCCUCGAAGGAGAGUUUUGUCACUGACCAGGAAAGCGAGGCGUGUUCGGGUGCAGGUGCUGUGACUGGCCGCGUUUGUCUCGGGAAGGGCUCGAGCCAAGUGGGACGGGCUGGGGGAAAUGGUGGCAGUGAAAUCGUGGCCAGGCCCCUCUGGAGGCAGGGGGGGAGCCCUGGCCGUGGGUGCUGCUGUGCCAGGGAGGCUCCUCAGCCCCCUGGAGCAGGGAUGGUGCUGUGGGAGUUGAGGCUGGCGCGUGUCGGGAGGACUGUGUGGGAUGCAGGUGGAGAGCCUGGCUGCCGUUGUGGUUGUGGUCUGGUUUUUGCCCAAUGUGGCUGGGUUUGGGUUUGAGUUUGGGUUUGGGUUUGGUUUCUCUCUCCCUCCUCCCUUCCUCCCUCCCAGCCCCUCCUUUUCCUUUGCUUCUCUGUGUUGGCACCUUCACGUCCCCACUCCUGGGGGACGGGAUCUGUCACCCCUCUGCACCCCUACAGGUCCUACUGGGAGGGGAGGAGCCCCCCGUCAGCCUGUGAAGGGAUUUGGGGAGGGAUCUGAGCACGGAGAGCACGUUGUUCUUGCUCCAAAGGGCACGGAGUCUCUUGGUGCUGGCUCCUGGCAGCAUCCGCACCAGAGGCAGAGCUCAGUGCGUGCAGAGCUCACCCGCUGCCCCUCCCUCCUCCCCUGGCCAACCAUGCUCUCACUAUUUAAUAAUUUGGGAUGUAUUGGAUGCAAAAAUUAAAAGACAAAAUGAGCUUUGAGCCCUUCUGUGAAGAGGUUUUGGGGAGGAGGAAGCUCUUUGCCUCCUGCUCACCCUCCCGUGUCCCUUCUGGGGAAAACCCGAUGUGGAGUUAUUUGUCUUUAUUUUUCUUGUUGCAGGCUGAUGUCCCCAGGCUGUGGUGGCUUUGGUGGCCUCGGGAUGGGACUUGGGGGUGUCCCUGGAGCCUGAUGGCAGCAGGUACCUCUCUGUCCCUCCCUUCCCAAACCCCAGAGUGAGCAGGGUCUGUCCAAGGGGACACUGCAGCUUCCCCCCAGUGCUGGGGGUCCCACGGGGAUGGCACUGCUGGGGUGCCCCCAGGGGAUGGGGACAGGGACAUUACAGCCAAGUUUGGCUUUUUCCUUAUUUUUUCCUUUCCUUUUUUUAAUGGUGAUUAUUUUUACUGUGAUUUAACGACCUGCUUUAAUGACACUUGCAGCUUGUUCUCUAACACGUUGGGGACGAGGAACAAGGUGCACAAAGAGUCACUUUUAGGCUGCUGUGGCUGUGCUCCUCUUUUCUUUCCUGCUUUGAUUCCCUAAUCCAGACAGCGCUUUGCUCAGGGUUUUCUUCCUUCUUUGUAUUUCCAUUGGGAAAGGGGGAGUGGGGAGAGGAUAACCCAACUUUUGGCCAUUUGUUUUGUUUUCUUUGAUACUUGAAGCAGUUUUUUUUUGCAUCGUAAUUAACGAGGCUGCCCAGCCUGUGCCACUGCUCCUGACACAACCAAUCAGUGAUGGGGGGGUCCUGCCCCACGCUGGGUUUUGGCACAGCUUUUUUGGGGGGGACUGUGACGCCCCAGAGCAGGUUUAGGGGGCUGGUGCAGGUGCAGAGGUGUGGGAUGCUUUGGAGAAGUGGGAAUGGGCACGGCUCUAUUUGCACUUUACCCACGUCACUGAACAAGCCCGGGGACCACGGGGGCUUUGUCCCCGGCCAUCCCUGGGGAUGCAGCAAUUCCUUGGCCCCGGGGACAGCUGCUGGAGGGCAGCUCAGCCAGCUUGGUGGGGCUCAGGUUUGGCUGAGGACCCUCCCGAUCCCCGAAUCUUUGGGUUUGCCAAAAGCUUGAGGCGAGCUGGGAGCGGCUCCGGGUGCCGGAGAUCAAAAGUCGUCCCUUGUGUGUGUGUCUGUGUGCAUAUAUAUAAAUAUAAAUAUAGAGAGAAAAGAUAUUGCAGAGGAUUCCUCCUCCUCCUCCUCCUCCUUUUUUGGCACUUGCUGGGGGUGGGGAGCAGGCUGAGCCCCCCGGCUGGGGGCUGCACUUGGCUGGAGGGAUUAAUUCUGGACCAAACCUGUUCCCACACAGCCAGGGGGGCCACCGGGGGGGCAGCAGCAAAGUACUUGAAUGGCUUAGGACAGAGAGUCUGGAGAGAGUCAAGUUGCACAGUGAAAAUAUAUAUUUUUAUACCUAGCACAACUUCCUGUAUAUUUUGGGGUUUUUUCCUUUCUUUUUUUUUUUUUUCCUUUCAUUUCCUUUUUUUUUUUUUUUUCCUGAUUUGGGUUUGUUUUAUUAAUUAUUAUUAUUAUUAUUAUUAUUAGGAAGGCAAACUUCUAAAAUGUGAAGGGCGUUGGGUUUUUCCUUAUCUGGUAGAUGAGGGCAAGCAUUUUGCACUAAUGUUUCCUGUGUGUGGAGGAUUAAUGAUAUGUUUGAAAAUGUUAUAUGGUAAUGAUUGUAUUCUUCCGAGAAAAAAAAAACAACAGAAAAAAAAGCAAAAAAAAAAUAACCCCUUAAAACUGAAUGUAAGGUGAGAACAGAGCAGUCCAUCGAUUGUAUGCGGCUUUCCUGAGUGCCUUAGAAUUUUUUGAUCAUUUUUUUUCCAAGGAAAACAGAUUAAGAAGAUCAGAUCAUAACCGACUCCUUCCUCCUCUUUGUUUACGACACUAUUUUAAAUUCUAGAAUUUUGGGGCUGCUUUAUAAUGUGAAUAGGAAACUGCAUUCAUCUAGGUCUGACAGUGUAAAAUCAGAGCAUCAGUAUUUAUGGUAUGUCUGCACCUUUAUUCUUAUGCUUGACUAUUAGCAAUAUUACCUGUAUAUUCUAUAUCUAAAGUUAUACCAAGCACCUUUAACGAGCGCAGAGUGUAAAAGCACCGCCCGAGUUCCCCGCAGCUGCCGUAGCGUAGGACCAGCUCCUCUCCUCCUCGUUAGCGCUAAUUAAUUAAUUAAUUAAACACCGCUUCGCACAGCCGAGGGGCUGCAUGACCGUCCCUCCGCCACCCCCGCUGGCGCUCGGUGACACGGGGACAUUGCCGGCCCUUCCCGGGAGCUGCGGCGGCUCCUGGGGCCGGGAACGGCGGGGAUCGGGCUGGGAACCGCGGGCUGGAGCCCCCAGCGCCCCAAAACUGGAACUGCCCGCGGGCUUUGGGGAGCGGAGCCCUCCGAGCUGUCCCCAGGGCUGUCCCGGGGCUGUCCCUAAGGCUGUCCCCAUCCCUGUCCCCUGGGGCUGUCCCUAAGGCUGUCCCCCAGCCUUGUUCUCCAGGGCUGUCCCUGGGGGCUGUCCCCAUCCUUGUCCCCGGCCCUGUCCCCAUGUGUAUCCCCCGGUCCUGUCCCCAUCCCUGUUCCCCGGGGCUGUCCCCAGGACUGUUCCUCGGGGCUGUCCCCAUCUCUGUCCCCAGGACUGUCCCCAGCCCUGUCCUCCAUCCCUGUCCCUAGGGUUGUCCCCGGGGGUGUCCCCACCCUUGUCUCCCAGGACUGUCCCCAUCCCUGUCCUCCAGGGCUGUCCCCAGGACUGUUCCUCGGGGCUGUCCCCCAUCCCUGUCCCCAUCCUUGUCCUCCCAUCUCUGUCCCCCCAUCCCUGUCCCCCAUCCUUGUCCCCCCAUGUCUGUCCCCCCAUUCCUGUCCCCAUCCUUGUCCCCAUCCCUGUCCCCAUCCCUGUCCCCAUCCCUGUCCCAUCCCUGUCGCCCGGGGCUGUGCUCAGAGCUCUCGUUUUGCUGGCAAUCGCUCGCUGCGAGCGGAGAAGGAGCCGUGGGAAGCCGGGAUGAGCCCGGAGUGUCCCCAGAGUGUCCCCAGCUGUCCCCGCCGCCCCCCGUGGCCAUCCCGGGACUCAACUGCUGUUCCAAGUGUUCCUGCUCUCCAAACCGUGCUGGGAGCGAGCGAGGGGGCGAGUGGGACACACUCACAUUGGAAACCCCUCCACUCCUCCUCCUCCUCCUCCUCCUCCAGUUUCUUCCACUGUUUAAAAGCGUUUUGCACACACACAAAAAUCAAAAAAAAAAAAAAAAAAGAGAAAAAAUAUCGUGAUUUUUAUGUCAACGUUAUGAUAAAUAAAUAAAAAAUAAGCCAAAACUUGCAAUACUAUUUUUAGCAGACAAGAAUAAAGAAAAAAAAAGUAAAUGAAAUAAUUAAUAAAUAAUAAAAAAAACAACUGAGUAUAAAUGUAUAAAUAUUUUUGACUUGAACAUUUGGAUGGCACUUGAUUCAAAUAGAACAUUAAUCCUUUGGACAGAAUGUUUGGGGAAAAAAAAAAAGGACUUAAAGUACAAGGUUGUUUUUAAAGCGUCUUCAUAGGGUAUUAAGUAGUACUGUAAUUCAUGACUGUUAAAAAUACUUUCUGUGCUGUAAGGAAAUCUCACAGUACCACUGAAUUAUGUUCCUCAACUGUCUCAGCCACGAACGAUGCUAGCUUCUUUUUUUUUAUUUUUAUUUCAUUUUAUUUUUUACCGUGCAUUAUUCACUAGUAUUUAUGUGCUCUUACUCUGUAUAGUUCAGACUGUUAUUUUGUAGCCAUGGCUGACACGAUAUAUCAGUAACUAAAAAAAAAAAAGAGAGAGUAAA